AUGUCUCAGCCCACGCUUCCAGAUGAUAUCUUGCAUCUUCUAUGCGAGGAGCUUGCGAACCAGGAACAGUUCGACACACUGUUUAAUUGCGCUUGCUCCAGCCGCGCCCUUGCCGUACCUGCAUUAACUCAUCUGUACAAGUCACAUCAUCUAGCUCCAGUCCGAGGCGGGGGAGAGGAUCUCUAUGGCCUGCCAGCCGCCACUAAGCUGCUCACAAUCCAGAAAUGGUCUAUUCUAUGGCGAUCCAUUGUCGCAUCAAGCCUUGAUGCCACUCUUUUUCCGUAUUGUCGCUACAUUCGAUCGCUUGACUUCCGCGACCUUGGCUAUCUACUUGAUGAUGAUCAGUUCCGAGCAAAGGUCUCCAAGCAAUUCUUCUCUGGACCUCUGAAGCAGUUUGAGAAGAUCGAGACCGGAACGAACAUAAAGGGAAGGAAGUAUACACGAAUCAAGACAGCGGACAUAAUCGACGCGAUUGGCGAAGUCCAGCCCGGUGCCCUCGUACAAUGGACGCCCCGUCUUCCACGCCUUCAAAGCCUUGAGCUCUGGGAUGGCAAGCCACUAGAAGAUGAGUUGGUACAUUCUUCGAUCUACGAACACUGCCCUCAAUUCAAAUCUCUAAUGAUUUAUACUUGGAUGUCCGUCGACAACGAUCAGAAGUUUGCCAAGUUCCUCUCGUCCAUGCGCCCGAAUACGCUGGAAACACUGCAAACCAUCAGCGAUGUCAAAGCAGGCUCCAAGACCUUUGCAGCACUAAACAACCAUGGAGAAUCGCUCGCAGAUCUGAGACUAUGCGUAUCCACCGACUCAAUCCCGCAUCUGUCACUACUCAAAGGCUGCACGGCACUGAAAACCCUCCGUAUCGAAGACAUCCAUGGCACUGUUGACCUCGAAGCAACCGCCAACGGCGUCUUUCUAGAAACCGUAUCCUGGCUCAAAAACUGCACAGACCUCCAACGCCUCAGCUUCCAUAAACUGCAGUCUGGCGCAGCCAUCAUCACGCCCGUCCUGUUGCAAGAUAAGAUCAAACUGUGCAGUCUAGAGAUCGACUCAUACACGUUAAAAGACCACAGGACAUUUCACCAGGCCCUAGUGCACCAAAAGUCUUCACUAAACGUCUUGUUCUUGAGUGGAGAUACCGAGGGCAUGUUCCGCGAUGAUUUGGAUAUCCUAGUUGAUUCGCUGAAACAACUGCAUCAACUCUGGGAUCUGCAUCUCAUACUACCAGAAGUGCUGCGCGACGACCAUCUCAUCACCAUCAUCGCCAAUCUCGCUCUACUCGAGGAUCUAUAUGUUAGCGGUCUCGAGCUCAACGAUGUUGUCCUGCCACAUCUCGCCAACUUGCCAUAUCUCCGGACCGUCACUAUCUCCGGCAUUUCCAAGUUCACACUAGAAGGUCUCUUGGAUUUCAUAUCGAGGCUGGGACCGGGUAAUCAGGGAAUUAGGCUUUCGAUUGAUAUGGCGGAUACGGAUACCCUGCUUCCGGAGGAGGAGUUGAACUUGGUGAGGGAAUCGCUGAUGGAGAAGGUUGGGGGGACGCUGGAGUACAUGGCUCUUAGAGAUCCGAAUGUUCCGGAGUUUGAAAGUGACUCUGACUAA